GGACAAUCGGUUUUUCGACUUGUCAAAAAAAAAAAAAAAGAAGAAAAAAAAGAGGGACAAUCGGGUCAAACCGACCCAACACAAGCGACAGAAACCCGAACAAUCAAAUCCUCAAUUCCGAAGCAAGGUUUUCAGACCCACGCACGCAUCUGGAAUUCGAAAGAAAUUCGAUUAAUCCAUCACUCUGUGAAUUCUGAAACGCAAGUGGGAGAGAUGACGAUGAUGAAGCUCUGUAACCCCUAUCGUUUGGUCGGAUCCGUGUCACUUAUGUUGUUGGUCGUGCUCUCUGCUUUCUGUGAUCUAGGGUUUUCCAAAGACGACGGUCUCAUCAGGAUGAAACCCGUCGUCGUAGGUGGCGUUCGCGAUGUCGCAGGGAUGCAAAACAGCGCCGAGAUCGAGAGUAUUGGCCGAUUCGCCGUCGAUGAACACAACAAGAAAGAGAAUGCACUUCUGGAGUUCACACGAGUGGUGAAGGCCAAAGAACAGGUGGUUGCUGGUAUGAUGUACCAUCUUACUUUGGAGGCUAUUGAUGCUGGUAAGAGAGAGAUAUAUCAAGCAAAAGUUUGGGUGAAGCCGUGGUUGAACUUUAAGCAGUUGAAGGAAUUCAAGCAUACGUGUGAUGGCCAUUCAUAUAUUUCUGCUGACUUCAGUUUGAAGGGAGAUGGUCCUGAACAAGGAUGGCGCCCUGUGCCAACUUAUGAUCCUGUGGUCAAAGGUGCGGCAUAUCAUGCUGUGAAGACCAUUCAACAGAUGUCCAACUCCCUCUCUCCGUAUGAACUGCUAGAGAUCCUUCUAGCUAAGGUUAAGGCAAUUGAAAACUACACCAAAUUUGAUAUGCUUCUGAAGGUUAAGUGGGGAACCAAAGAAGUGAAGUUCAAGGUAAUAGUAAAUAAGAGCAUAGAAGGAAAGUUUUUUGUGAACCAGAUGGUUGAAGAUCACUCCUGAAGGUAUUACCGCUUCCAUUGUGAUAGAGAUAUGUAGAUAAAUACUUCACGUAUGUUUUAAACGUGUGCUGAUGUUUCUCUCACGAUUACUCUGAUAUCGAACCAGAAAAAAACGUUUGCACUUGGUCCGCUGGUAGUUGUAAAUCUGUAAACUUGUACCGCUUUUGUGCUGUUAAAGAAAUGUUGAUGCCGACUCUAUACUAUACUGGCUUGUUAUCAUGUUAUUGAAGCCUUCUAGUUUUGUGUUAA